GAUAGAUCUGGUAGACGUGGAACAAUGUGGAUCUGUUCGUUUUAAUUGCGAUCACCAAAAGUUGAACUCCAGAUUUCCUUAGAAGAUUACAUAAUUAUGAGAAGUACAUAGAAAAAUUUGUAACGCGAAAUCUUGCAGAACCUAAAAGUUGCACUUAUUUCUUAUAUUUUGCACAAAAAGAAGUUUGUCCUUCUUUGCAUGGUUCAUCUUCUCUUUUCUUCUCCAAUGCAAAUGUUGAGAGAGAAAAAAGUUUAGCUAAAAAGAACAGAUCUAACAACAGGAUGAUUUUAAAGAAAAUUAUCUGAAAUGCUGUGACCACACUUCACCUAUCUACUCAAAUGUUACAAUACUAUAACAAUACUAUAACGAAUUUAUUGUGAAAAAUAUUCCAGCCAGACGCAGACGAAUUCAGUGGAAAGAAACGUACUCAUUCAUCUCAUAUCUCUCCAUAAACACUGCAAAACUUCAACGAGGAAUGAAUCAGACCGUUUUUGGAAGAACAAAAACACAGGGUCAUCUGAUGAGGGGUGAUCUACGUCAGCAUAAAGUGCAUCUCACGUUUUCGAAUGAAGUCACGUUUAAAUCACGUUUUGUCGGCCGAUAAGCCUGGAAACUUUAUCUGGCACGAGCAUGCCCCGAUAUGCAGGGAUCAUCCCAUUGACCUCAACAGUGGAGAAACAAAGAUAAAUGAGGAUUACCCGAUUUUAAAGUCUUUCUUGGCGGGCUCGUUCUCCGGGACAUUCUCCACGAUCCUUUUCCAACCGCUGGAUUUGGUGAAGACUAGACUUCAGAGCAGAAUUAAUGCUCCUGUCGGAUCACCAAAAAAUGGAAUGCUGGGCAUGGUGGCGCACAUCGUUCAGAAGGAGAAUAUCUUCGGACUCUGGAAGGGCAUGACACCGUCGAUAACUAGAGUAAUUCCUGGUGUGGGUUUGUAUUUUUCAUCGCUACACUGGCUGAAACACACUUUCAAUCUUGAAGAACCUCUGACGGCUCUGCAAGCUAUUUCUUUGGGCAUUACCGCAAGGUCCAUGUCCGGCGCCUUGCUAAUUCCUAUCACCGUCGUGAAGACUCGAUUUGAGAGUGGCGUUUACAAGUACAACAGUAUCAGCGAAGCUCUUACGUUGAUCUAUAAGCAAGAGGGGAUAAGAGGUUUAUCAAGUGGUUUAGUUCCUACCCUUUUACGAGAUGCACCUUACAGUGGUUUAUAUCUCAUGUUUUACACCCAAUUAAAAAACGCGGCUGCCAAUACAGGAGCGACAAACAAUUCGUCGACAUCGAUACACUUUAGCUGCGGAAUCCUGGCUGGAAUUUUAGCGUCCAUAGUGACGCAACCGCCGGAUGUUAUCAAGACGAAGAUGCAGUUGUACCCGAAUGAAUUCCAUGGUAUCUGUCACGCAACAUUCUUCAUUUAUAAAAAGUAUGGCAUUUUAGGAUAUUUCAAGGGUAUCAUUCCUAGAAUGCUGAGGCGGACUUUAAUGACUACUAUGGCUUGGACUGUGUAUGAACAGGUUACAAGGCAAAUUGGUUUGAAAUAAAUACACUGUUAUGCUUAUAUAUCAGAACUGUUUUAUAUCAGAAGAAGAUGUACAGUAUUAGCAUAGACUGUU